UUAAGAUGGAAGGAAAGAUGAUCUUUGCCUGGGCAAUGAUGUUCUGCCUCACCGUCGCACCACCAGUCCACAGUGAAUACUACUCCAAGACUGUUACGCCUGUUGCAAAUGUGGAGAAAAAGACUCAUCUCCAUUUCUUCCUCCACGACAUCCUCAGCGGCCAAAACCCCAGUGCAGUCAUGGUAGCCCGUGCUAACCUCACCAAGAAAGACGAUUCUCCGACCCCAUUCGGCAGCUUGUUUGCAAUCGAUGAUCCUCUCAGAGUAGGGCCUGAACCAACAUCGAAGAUAAUCGGAAACGCACAGGGGCUCUAUCUGUCAUCCAGUCAAGACGCUAGCAAGUUUACCAUAGUUUUGUACGCUGAUUUUGCCUUUACGACUGGCAAGUUUAAUGGGAGUUCCUUCAGUUUGUUCUCGAGGAAUCCGGUAACAGAGGCUGAUCGUGAAGUGGCGAUCGUGGGUGGGAGAGGUAAGUUCAGGAUGGCGAGAGGGUUUGCCAAGAUUAAGACCAGUUACUUCAAUGCUACAACUGGUGAUGCUAUUCUCGAAUACAGUGUGACUCUUUACCAUUACUAAACCAGAAUACAAACAUCCGAUUAUGAGGCACAAGGAUACUUUUAAGACUGAAAAAUCAAAAUAUUUGAUAUCUCUUUUGAUUAUGUGAAGAGAUAGGGAAUAAUGCUAGUAAUUCUUAAACUGUCAAAUGGUGUAUGAAAUCUGAAAUUAUAUGAUGGAAAAUUUGUGCCUAUAGAGCUA